AGAAACAGUUUCCCUUCUUUGACUCCAUGAUGUCAUACUCAGAAUAAGAAAUGGUGAAGAAAACGGAACUAUGACUUAUUCCACUAGAGGUAAAAUGGCUGAACUCAAUACUCAUGUGAAUGUCAAGGAGAAGAUCUAUGCAGUUCGGUCAGUUGUUCCCAAUAAAAGCAAUAAUGAAAUAGUCCUGGUGCUACAACAGUUUGAUUUUAAUGUAGAUAAAGCAGUGCAAGCCUUUGUGGAUGGCAGUGCAAUCCAAGUUCUAAAAGAAUGGAAUAUGACAGGAAAAAAGAAGAACAAUAAAAGGAAAAGAAGCAAGUCCAAGCAGCAUCAAGGCAACAAAGACGCUAAAGACAAGGCAGAGAGGCCCGAGGCUGGGCCCCUGCCGCCCUCGCCACCGCAGAUAGAAAAUGGCCACACAAAGGGCUGUGAGAAGGACAGCUCGUCCGCCGAUUCCGCCAGCGAAAAACCAGUGCUUAUCCCUCGUGAGAAAAAGAUCUCAGUACCUGAGGAACCUUCAAAGGCACUCCGUGGGGUCACAGAAGGCAACAGACCACUGCAACAGAAACUAUCCUUAGAUGGGAUCCCCAAAGCUAUACAUGGAACACCAGAGAGGUCAGAUGGCCUACAGUGGUCAGCUGAGCAGCCUUGUAACCCAAGCAAGCCUAAGCCAAAAACAUCUCCUGUUAAGUUCAAUGCCCCUGCAGCUCAUCUUGAAAUAAAGCCAGAUGAGUUGGCAAAGAAAAGAGGCCCAAAUAUUGAGAAAUCAGUGAAGGAUUUGCAGCGCUGCACUGUGUCUCUCACUAGAUACCGUGUCAUGAUCAAGGAAGAAGUGGAUAGUUCAGUGAAGAAAAUCAAAGCUGCCUUCGCUGAAUUACACAACUGCAUCAUUGACAAAGAAGUUUCAUUAAUGGCAGAAAUGGAUAAAGUUAAAGAAGAAGCCAUGGAGAUCCUGACUGCUCGUCAGAAGAAAGCAGAAGAACUAAAGAGACUUACCGAUCUAGCCAGUCAGAUGGCAGAGAUGCAAAUCAAGCACUUUGUCAGCGAGCGUAAAUAUGAUGAAGAGCUUGGGAAAGCUGCCUGAUUCUCCUGUGACAUUGAACAGCGAAAGGCCCAAAUCAUGCUCUGCAGAGAAAUUACCCAUCCAAAGAACAGCUAUUCCCCGAGAACUCCCUGCAGCUCCCUGCUGCCGCUGCUGAACGCUCACACAGCAGCCUCUGGGAAACAGAGGAACUUCACCCGAAAACCAGCCAGUCACAACAAGUCCUCCGAGGGGAAAGCAGCCAGCCCCAAAGUGGCUAGCAAUCUUCCCAGCACCACUGAUGGCUCUCACCAGGCCAUGCCGGCCAGCAAGCAGAAUGGUUCUUCUAGCCAAAGACGAAGAUUUAACCCGCAGUAUCAUAACAACAGGCUAAACGGGUCUGCCAAGCCACAGGGCAGUGGUAACGAAGCUGAUCCGAUGGUGAAGGGCAACAACCGUCACGAACACAGAAGACAGCCACACAACGGCUUCCGUCCCAAAAACAAAGGCAGUGCCAAAAACCAAGAGGCCCCAUUGGGGACAAAGCCCCUGGAGGCCCCAGCGCAUUCUGAAAAGCCCCGGCGGAGGCAGCAUGCUGCAGACAACUCGGAGGCCAGGCCUUUCCGGGGUAACGUCGCUAGGGUUUCUCAGUGCAAUCUCUGCCCGACGAGAAUAGAAGUCUCCCCGGAUGCCGCGGUUCUCUCCGUCCCCGCCAUGACGUUGGUGGCCUGAGCUAGCAGCGGAAGAAAGCAGUCUUCCCUCAGUGUUGGUUCCGCACCCGAGGUGCUAACCCCACGCGCUGCCAAAAGAGAGUCAAUCAGAAUAUACAAACCCGGUAUGGUUGUGUCAUCCUCUUCAAUCAUUUUUACUAAUUCUAAUAAUUCACUCUAGCUUGCUUCAUAACUUUCACAGCCUUGCUUGAUCUGUUGAUGCUUUUUCUCAUCAAGACAUUGCAACAUUUUAGCCAGGCAGUAUUUACUCAUUUGUUAGGAGAAUCAAGGUGUGGCUAAAGAGCAGAGGCUCAGUAGCAACCUCUGUUGUAGCAGUGAUGUCAGUCCGUUGAUCGUCUUUAGAGAGUUAAUGUUGAAAACAAAUCUUUGUCAAGACAAACAUGAUCUGCUGAAGACAUAUGCGCUUUUGUAGAAUUUAAUGUCUGGUGUUUUUCUGAAAAAAUAUAUAUACAUAUAUUGCUUUAUUUGAAACAAAUUAAAAUAUGCUGCAUUUGA